AUGAAAAAUGAAUCUAAUGCUAAUGCUUCUUUAGCAAAUAAGUUAGAAGUUGUGGACAUCAACGACUACAAAGCUGAGUCAAAAGAACCUAUUGUUCCCCAUGAGAGGCAAAUUGUUGAUGAUGUUAUUGCAAUUUGGAAGCAAGAUCCUUCUACUGAAACGUUGGGAAUAAGUAAAUUGCAUGCUUUGGUAAAAGAUCGUCACCAGAAUUGGUCUGUAUCUGAAAAGAGAGUAAAAACGUUGUUGAAAAGUUUUGGUUUAUUGACUAACAACGCCUCCAACCAACAAUUUACGUACGUUAACGAAAUUAAGUCACUGGACACGCCUGAUAUUGACCUACCAGAAAAAGUACACAUUGUAAUGACAGCUAAGAGAGGUAAAGGGUUGUACGCAAAGAAUAAAAUUGCGAAAGGAGAUUUAAUAUGGGAAGAAACCCAGUUAUUUUAUAUUCCUCCGUUGGCAAAUGUGAACCUUAUAAAAGGUGGAAAAGCUUGUUCUUACUGUGGAAAAUUGCUUACACAAUCCAGCAGUAAUGCUGGUAUAUCUGUUUUGAAAGGAUUAGAUUGUAAUGUUUGUUCUGAGAAUUGGUGUUCUCAAACUUGUAAGAAGAUUGAUUUUCAAUUGCAUGGAAUGUUGAAGCAUAAUCUAUAUAAUCCAAAGCCAAGUGGAGGUUCGAAAAAAUUGAUAAAUGCCAAUGCAUUUUUAGAGUUGCAAGAUUAUUGUUUAAAAGAACAAUGGAAUGCAUUGUAUGCAAUCACAAUCAUAUAUGCUAACAUCAUUACUGACAAGUCGGGCAUAAAAGGAAAACAAUUUAAAGCGAUGGCAAGGGUAUCUCAAGAUGUCAGGUAUAAGGCUUUAAAUUCUUCAGCUGGUGCAUUCGACAAUUUGCAAGGUGGGGCUUUGUUUGUUGAGGAACAACAAGAAAGGUUAUGGAAAGAAGGUUAUACUAUGUUUAGAAAUGUCUUUCCUAAAUCAGAAGAGAGUGGAGACAUUACUUAUCAAGAAUUCAUGUACAUGAUGGGUACGUAUAAUAUCAAUAAUUUAGAUUCAUGUAUCUAUCUCACUCAGUCCCAUUUAAAUCAUAAUUGUGAUCCAAACACUAGUGUUGAAACUUCUACUACGGUAAGGACUGAUGGGUUAAAAGUAUUUGCUGCUAGGGAUAUAAGAGCUGGCGAAGAAUUAACUACAACCUACGUGAAUCCAGCGUAUACAGUUCAACAGAGGCAAAGGGAAUUGCGAGUCAAUUGGGGAUUCAAGUGUGGAUGUCAGAAAUGUAAAGACGAUUUGAAAUGUCAGCAGAGAAGAAAAUCAAGUUCUACACCAGCUGCUAAGGAGAGCAAAGGAAUAAGAGAAAUGUUAAUCGACACCAAAAAGGAAAUUGGUGACGAAGAGAUUGAAUUAGAAAUUCCUAGUCAUCAUGACGGCGAAAGAAGAAAAUCUGUUAGAUUUGAUGAAAAGGUUAUAGCCGUAAGCGAAUAG